AGAGAUAAUGCAUGCACCUUGAAAUCUAGGCCGAAACUAGGACUGCGCGAACACGGACUUUGCGAGGCCUGGCAUAGUCAUGCGUUCAUGCCUGAGAAAAGCGCGGCGAUGGGGUGAGUGGCUGCGCGGACGAAUCGUCACGUGGCUGUCUCAGUCGGAGCUUUUUCAUGUUACAGACCUCAAACGCCAUCACUCGAUGAUCGUAAGGGGGCCAGCAGUCGGAUAUUCGCUGCUGGCAGUCGGCGUCACCAAGCCAGGCUCCGGUCCUUUCGGAAGCGCUGGAGAGGAUGGUUAGGCUCUCAGGGCAUCGGGAGGCGGUGGUGUCAUGCUGCAAUGGGCUGGGUUGCGGCGUCUUGGACUGGCGCGUAGCGCUGUGGCUCUCGGGCUUCACGGUGCAGGGGUCCAAUCAGCGUGGCGGUCGCCGUGUCGGCCAAGGCUUGUCUCUCAAACGCGCUGGACCUCAGAUUUGGUCUCCCCACCAGUAGCCCUCCUGCAACCGCCCGCCAAAUUCCCACCGUGUCCCUGUCUCUUCCGAGUGCCGCCCUCGAAACCUCCUUCCCUCUCUCGAACGGCUUCCCAACUGUGCCUUAAUUCCCACACCUGUACGAUCGUUUACUUCCCCGCGCAACACACCAGGUACUUGUGUACCUCGACGACCAUAAUAGCCAGCACCCACCGCCUCUACCACACCAUAAUUCACCACGUCGCGCACACCCACAAGCCCCGGCGGCUACUCUAUAAUCUGGCGGAAUUGAGACGAGCACUUUGGGCAGUUUGUGUUUGACAAGGAACGCGACCCCUCGUCCCACGGUGGAGUGCUAGGAGAGGCCGUAGAUUGAGGCUUGACGACACCAUACUGCCGGGUAACAAGUGAAGAUCACUCGUCAUGUCUCUGAAGCAGGUGCGC